CGCUCGGCCGUCGUCGCGAGUGGUUGUGCCUUCGUUUGAGUGUUCUCUGUCUGUGCUCCGCCCUCCGCCUGUCAACGGUGCAUCCCCCAGCACCCCCGCGAGUGAGAGUCUGCGUGCAUUUGAGGGGAUUCGCAAUGGAAUGUUGUCUCACGCCGUGUAACGGUGUUUCGGGAUAAGAAUAACUGGUUUCACUGACGGAUUUUUAGCCUCUUUGCCAACACUUUUCACACCUUUUCCACACACAAGGAUAAACACACGGAUAAACGAAGGGACGCGAAGACACCGGAAGGACUCGGAAACACUGUGGAAGAAGAUGACAACUUUGAUGAAUUUCUUGUAGAAGGAAGACAAGAAGUGUUUUGGUAAAAAGGGCUAAAGUGAAGUUGAAGGAUUAACGAUGAUGAAUGGAUUUCGAUUGAGUGAAAAUGACGGUGAUGCAAAGGCACAGAAUUCACUUAAGCCACCACUCGCACUCAGGAUAAAUGGGAGUGAAAAAUCUACGGAAAUACGAGAGAAUUUUGCUGAUGAGAUGCUGGAGUCGGAGAAGAGCAGCCUCGUGGGUCGAGUGCACGAUCUGGAGAAGCGUGUCCUCACGCAACAGGAUGAGAUUGUGUGUCUGCGCUCCACGCUGGCGGACGUCCUGCGACGUGUGAAUCAGCUCGAGGGACAGCUGGAGCGCAGUCCGUCCACCGUGAGUGGCCGCAGUGCGCCCAGCACGCCGGCCAGGAAUGGUGGCGGCACGUUCUCAGCUCGCGCCAGCCCCACGCCGUACAGCCAGCCGCCGGCGACGGCGGACUGGAAGCUGCGAAAGCCACUGCCGCGCUCCGGAAGCACCGCAGAGGCGCGUCGCAGCGCCACGCUGCAUCACACGCGCACCAAAUCCAGCCACCAGUCGAACGGAUCGUUGCACUCGGACGGAACGCCAAGCAGCACGUCCGUGUCGCCGGCGCCGUCGCCGUCGCCCCGGCCGAACACGGCGCAGGGACUCCUGCAGUCGCACACGGGACUGGGCAAGCGAUGGAACUCCACCGGAGACUUCAACACACAGUCGCCGCUGCAGGCCAGAUUGGCGACCAAGUCGCUUCUCAAUUUGGCCUCGAAAUCUCCAGUCGGGCAUGUUUUCAAGCAUGGCACACACACGACAAGCUACAACGAGGAGGAUGGAACUGUCAAGCUCUUCCUUCGCGGCAGGCCUGUCAUUUUCCAUGCACCAACCGAAGUGCGUGAUUCUUACGAUAUCUCGAAGGUCAAUCCGGCGCCGUCUCGGAAGCUGCGCCUCGAUUGGGUGUACGGAUACCGCGGGCGUGACUGUCGUGCCAAUCUGCACCAAAUGCCCACUGGCGAGAUGGCGUACUUCGUGGCGGCCGCUGUUGUUCUGUACAAUGUAGACGAACAGACGCAGAGGCACUACUUGGGUCACACGGACGACGUGCGCAGUCUCACGGUGCAUCCGAACAAGCUCCUGGUGGCCACUGGCCAGUGCGCCGGCCACGAGCGCCGCGACGGAAUGCCGCACAUUCGCGUGUGGAACUCCGUGUCGCUGGCAACGGUGGCCGUGAUUGGUGUCGGUGAGUUCGCGGGCUCCGUGAAUUGUCUGUCGUUCUCCCGGGCGGACGCCGGGGCAUUUCUGGUGGCGGUGGACGACGCGCCGGAUCGCACGAUCAGCGUGUGGGAGUGGCAGCGCGGGGAGCGAGGACACCGCGUGACGGAGACCAAGUGCUCAGUGGACACGAUUGUGGGGGCGGAAUUCCAUCCGCUGGAUCGCAAUCAGAUCGUAACCAUUGGGAAGAAUCACAUCUGCUUCUGGACACUGGAUCAGGGUGGGGCGCUGUACAAGCGAAUGGGUGUGUUUGAGGGGCGCGACAAGCCCAAGUAUGUCACGUGCAUGGCCUUCACGACCAACGGCGACACCGUCACGGGUGACUCCAAUGGGAAUGUGAUUGUCUGGGGCCGCGGGACCAACACUAUUGCCAAAUUUAUCAGACGCGUUCACGAUGGUUCGGUGUUUUCGCUGUGCGCCCUGAAAGACGGCGGCAUCAUCUCUGGCGGUGGCAAGGAUGGACGUCUGAUGCUCUUUGAUCCCGAUGUGAAUCCUCUGGGUGCCCAGGCGGCCAUUGAGGCGCACUUUGGCGGCGUGCGCGUGGUGUCUGAGGGCAGAGGGACGCAGCUGCUGGUCGGAACGACGAGGAAUUGCAUCCUGACGGGAUCACUGGAGUUGGGCUUCUCGCCCGUUGUCAUGGGACACACGGAUGAAUUGUGGGGCUUGGCCACGCAUCCUUCCCUGCCACACUUUGUCACUGGUGGACGCGAUCGUUUGCUGCAAAUGUGGGACUCACUGUCGCAUUCUGUGGUCUGGAGCAAGGACAUUGGCGAGCAGGUGCAAUCGUGCUGCUUCAGUCCGUCAGGAGACACAAUUUGCGUCGGUGGCGUGUCCGGGAGGUGGUUGACAUUCGAUGCCACGACGAGAGAGCAACUGGAUGAGCAUGUGGAUGGACAGGAGGCCAUCCAAACUGUGCGAUUCUCGCCGGACGGCGCAUUCCUGGCGCUUGGCUCCAGAGAUAAUGGAAUCUACGUGUAUCAAGUGAAUGGAAAUGGUCGUCGAUAUGCCAAAAUUGGGAAAUGUGUGGGUCACUCGAGCUUCGUGACGCAUCUGGAUUGGUCAGAGGAUAGCAAGAUCAUGAGAACCAACUCGGGAGACUAUGAAGUUCUCUUCUGGAAUCCAACAACUUGUCGACAAAUCACAAAUCCAUCCAGUCUUCGUGACGUCGCGUGGGCAACGCAUUCGUGCACACUCUCUUUCCAGACGGUGGGAAUCUGGCCGGAGAAUGCUGAUGGAACAGAUGUGAACACGACAGCUCGUAGUCAUGAUGCCAAACUCGUCGCCACUGGCGAUGAUUGGGGCAAAGUGAAGCUCUACAGCUUUCCAGCAUGUCAGCCAAAGUCACUGGCGCACGUUGGAUGCGGCCACAGCAGUCACGUGACGGCGGUGGAGUUCCUGCAAGAGGAUGCGCGGCUGAUUUCGACCGGCGGACACGACACGAGCGUCAUGCAGUGGACAAUUGGGUGAGGAAGUCGAGGGCUUCGCUCCAAGCGGCGAAGCAGUCACAGUCGAUAUCGCAAAAUCGCUUUGAUCAAUCAGUCCAGCUCAAAUUUCAAACAAAUCAGCAAUUGAAUUGAGGAACCACAAGUGUUAAAAAAAAAGUGUAUCAGGAAUGUUUCUUUGAGACUUUGUGUGCAUGAACAGUGAAAAGAUUAUAUGGACAUUUUUGUAUGAAAAAAAAAUUGAGAAAAAGGUUUAGCAAUAAGUUAAAUAUGAGACGACUUUUCUACACGAAGAGUGGAAAGAUUGUAAACUCUUCAUUUAACGUGCAUGAUUUAUUUAACAGCAUAGAACUUAAGUACCUCUAAAUAUACACAAAAACACACAAUUAUUCCAAUUUAAGUCCAAUUGCAUUUGCGUGCAGAAUCGCUGACGAAGACACUCUCAUUUGUUGCUACUUUAGAUGUGCCUUAAUUUUUCUUCCUGAAGAUGGCAAGGCGAGAGUGAAGGCGCGAUGCAGGAAUUUUUGAGAUGACACAAAUUCUCCUCAUCAGAAAGAGUAGGAUUUUUAGGAUGUAAUAAGUUAAGGAUGAACAACACUUUCUACUGUGGAACAAUUCAAUUAAAUAUGCUCUAUGAAUCCUUAAAAA